UGAGAGGACAAUGUUAGGAAAACUUCCUCAACACUGGGCAAAUGACCCACAUGUUUACUCCCUGGAUGACCUUCUGGCAAUCAAAGGAGGGCAGCUGGUGGCAGAGAUAAAGGAUGUGACGUCAGUUUGCAUUAGUCACAUUGCUAAGUGUCAGGUCUGUUUAGGGAGAGGCUUCAUUUGUGAAAUUUGUGGACGUGGAGAGGCUAUAUUCCCAUUCCAGUUGGACUCGACAGCGCUCUGUGAAUGCUGCAAUGCCUGCUUCCACAAUGGUUGCUUCUCGCCAGGACGAUGCCCGAGAUGCAUCAGGAGGGAAUCAAGAAGAUCGUCUCGGGAAGUUAUUGAGAAGCAGGACUCAGUGGAAUCGUCUUCAAGCAAAGAGUCAUGAAUUCUGUAGAUAAGGCAUGUUCAGCGUCAUGUUCUGGAGUCCAUAUGAUUUAUGGAGAUGAUCAGUAUCUCAAUUAUUGUGAUAUUUAUGCAUACUUUGACCUAGUAUGUGCACCAAAGAAUAUACCUUCUGAUACCUAUAUCUGUUUCAUGAAAUCAGCCUAAAUGCACUCUGUGUUUGUGUGUGUGUGUAUGAGUGCAUGAGCAACUGUGUGACUGUAUGAUUGUGUGUGUGUGUAUGUGUGUGUGUGUGUUGUGUGUGUGUGUGUGUGUGU